AUGGAGCUUAACAACUUCAUGGACCGUAUGGAGAAAGGAGGGUUCCUCAAAGACACUAUCGUUGUCAUUGUAGGCGACCACGGCCAAGCGCCAGAAAUCGACAAUUGCUACUUACAUGAGGAGUCUGUGACGCGUGUCCCAGCCGCGAUCAUUGCUGAAGGUCGACUGGGAGAUGCAGUGGGCCUCGUUAUCGACGACGCUGCAGACCAGUAUGAUAUUCUUAACACUCUCAUGGACAUAACAGGUUUACCGAAGGGAGGAUUCCAGCAGAAUGGCGUUGGACGCUCGCUCAAGCGUAAACUUCCUGUCGGGAAGCGCGUGGUGUUCAGUAACGACCCAUUGUGCAGGAUGGCGGUUGUGCGCGGUCACGAGCGUCUCACCGGAAGAACGCACUGA